CACAAGUGGUUUGAUGAGCAUGAAAACUAUACAAACCAUAUGCCAUGGCUGUCUCGGUCAUCUGAUCUCAACCCAACUGACCACUUAUGGGAGAUUCUGGAGUGGUGACUGAGACAGUUUUCCACCGCCAUAAACAAAACACCAAAUUAAGGAAUUUCUCGUGGAAUAAUGGUGUUUACAUCCCUCCAAUAGAAUUCGAGACUCUUGUAGAAUCUAUGCCAAGAUGCAUUAAAGUUGGUCUGGCUCGUGGUGACCCAACACCCUAUUAAGACACUUUAGGUUGGUUCUGUAUCUAUGUUUGGAAUGUUGUUUGAAAACUUGUUGUGAUCUUGUUUUAUGUCAUUAUGAAAGUGUAUUUAUUUUACAGUAAAGAAAAUGUAUGUCAUCAAAAUAGUGAAAUAAACAACAAAAAGGCGACUUGUCAAAUUAUUUUACUCUGCCAUUAUUAUUUUCACCUUCCACCUCCACACGGUAGAUGGCGCAAUUUAGCAUGCGAAAGUCUAUCAUUCAGUCAGCACUGCUUUCAUUUCUAAAUCUGAAAGUAUAACUUUAGCUCUCGGCUCAACAUUUGUACUAGCUAGCAAUGUCCAAAAUCAAGAACAUAAUUUGGCCUCAAGUGAUUUUAUUUGGCGACUCGAUCACACAGUUUUCAUUCCAACCUAAUGGAUGGGGUUCCGAAAUUGCAAAUCAACUAGCCAGAGUGCUGAUGUGUUGUGCACUGAAGUCCACAAGUGAAUGGGAAAGAAAAUGUGACGUUGUGAACAGAGGUUUGUCAGGCUACAACUCCAGGUGGGCAAAGAUUGUCUUGCCUCGCCUCAUCUCCAAGGACAGUGCUUCAAGCAACCACAUAGCUGCUGUCACGGUCUUCUUUGGUGCCAACGACUGUGCUUUAGAAGAUAAGAACCCACAGCAGCACAUCCCAUUGCAGGAGUACUCCGAGAACCUGAAGGACAUUGUCAAACACCUGGGGUCUGUGGGUGUGUCUGCAGACAAGGUCAUCUUCAUCACUCCUCCACCUCUGAAUGAGCCAGCCUGGGAGAAGGAGUGUGUCCUGAAAGGCAGUGCUCUGAACCGUCUCAACUCUGUGGCUGGCCAGUAUGCCCAGGCCUGUGUGCAGGCUGCCGGUCAGUGUGGGGCAGACGUGCUGGACCUCUGGACUCUCAUGCAGAAAGAUGGACAGGACUUCACAGGCUACCUCUCAGACGGGCUCCAUCUCUCUGAGAAGGGGAACCAGUUUGUGUCACAGCAUCUGUGGACGCUGUUGAAGAGCAGGGUGGAGGAGUUGCCCUUCAUCCUGCCUUACUGGGGCGACGUAGACCCUAAACAGCCAGAGAGCGGUCUACUGUGUGACUGAUGGCCCUCAGGCUGAGUGAGAGGGGAAGGGUAGAGAUGGGGCCUCAGGUCCACCCUUCCACACAGUUAUGUCCACCGGUCGGCUACGGUAAUGGGAUGACACUGAAAGGGGUUGGAAUCAGUCCUCAUUCCAAACAACUGAAAUAUAUAAAACCAUGAUAUGACAUGUUUUAAAUGUUCUUUUUAAAUUUCCUGAGGUCUG